AUGGCCGCCAUUGAUGCCACCCCGGAGAAGAGGAAGAAGGUCACAUCACAGGUGGCCGGUCAGGCAUCCGCAACCAAAGGCGACAAGCCCAGGAUGUACAUCAGCUGCCAUGUGUUGGUGCUGCAGCUGUCCGCUACCAGCCCAUCCCGCACCCCACCCAAACUAUACGCCACCACCACCGUACAUCUGGGGUGCUCCAGUUGGCGGCCGUUUGUGCCCACACUGCCCUUUGCGUUCACAUGGACUCCGACGGAGCUGUACCUCUGUAUCAGCGAGUCAAUUCUCCGUACCUACCGCAUCAUCUUUCCCGCCCUGUCGCCUGUCCGCCCCAAUGCUACUGAGAAAGAACCGGCCAGCCAGGCAGCCUUCAACGUUCUGGUGCCGGAAGAGAGCAUCCUGCUCCCCCGUUCGGCACGCAUUCGGUCCGUGCAGUUCUUCCCUCCGGCUACAGCGGGGGGCAACGCAACGGUGGUCAUCGGGCCGCGCUACGGCAAGCAUCCCGCACCCUCGAUUGGCAUCUACCUCCAAGAAAAGGAUCUCGGGGCAUGGGUUGCGGCCGACCCGGCGAUGAUCGGCCGCCGGCUGUGUAUGCCUGAAGAUCGGUGGACUGGCGAGUUCGAGGACUUUGACGAGCUCCAGGACUGUGAUAUUAUUCCCUUUGAUGAUUAG